AUGGAACCAACAGGACAACCGGGCCCACAGCCAGCACUAUCACAACCGGACGCUGUGUUUUCGCGAGGCCGAACCGCAAGUGCUUCGCGACGACCGUAUGAGCGGCUGCCUUCAGAAGAUGACAUUAGUCGCCUCCCCGGCUCACAGCCCAGCAGUCCAGAGCGCACCCCUAACAAUAACCAAGCGAGGAGGUCGAGCGCAACUGGCUUGGGCCUUAGCGGCAUUGGCGAGAAUUUCACGAAUUUUAUAGAUAAUACUUUCAAACCUCAUUCCCACAGCCAUUCAGGCGAUAUCAAGUGCUCAAGUCGAAACAACGUUAUUCAGCGACGCACUUCAUGGCUGUCCAUUAGCAUUUUGCUCCUUGCGUUCUACUCCACUGCCUUCUCCGGUAUAUACCUUGUUGUCGCAUGUGUGAAGCCUCGGUUUGGCAAUCGUAUCGGGACGGAUGGUGGACUAGCUCCAUCUACGGCAUCGUUGCUAAGUGCCUUCUUUGCUAAAACAAUUGAACUGUCUUUCGUGACGGUGUUUGUGGCUUUUCUAGGACAGGUGCUGAGCCGCAGAGCCUUGGCGAAGCGCUCUCCCGGGAUAUCUAUUGCGGAUAUGUCGAUGCGCAGUUGGAUAAUGCAGCCCGGUACCCUCCUCACACAUUGGGAGAAUGUCAGAUAUUCUGCUUUGACUAUCUUAGGAAUGACUGCAUUAACCACCGCAUGGAUGGCUAUGCUUUAUACCACUGCGGCUGAGACGUUGGUUUCCCCAAAACUUAAGUUUGGACCGAUUGAAGAAACCACCCUCUAUGGUCAAAUAGCCUCCAAAUUUGCAAACCCGCACUACUUAGCUAGCAAAUGUCUAACACCCAUCAGCCGAGAAACGGAUCCUAUGCACGCUGGCGCUACCUGUAUGGAACUUGCUCAUGUCGGGCAGAGCUACCAUAAUUAUCAGCAAUAUACUGCUCAAUGGGCCAGCAUAUCCCGAUCUGGCAACUUCUCCCACUCGUUAUCAGAACGGAUCAAGCCAGUUGGGACCUGGUACGAUAAUACCACAGUGACUGGAAGCUGGAUUGACGUACAAAACAUGACGGAGCUCUCGAAGAAGUACGGAAGAUUAGUCAACAUUGCCACUGCCGCCAUGCCUCAUUCCGGAGUGUUCAAAGCUUCCAGGGACCCUCGCAACAGCCUUCGACAACCCUCCGCUUCCGCCGGCCUCGGAGAAUUUACCAUCUCUGCUUCUGUGGCGUCUCCUGCGGUUCAAGUGACCUGUGUCGGCAUGACUGAGGAUGAACUGGCGCCAAUAAUUUAUGAAAAAUGGCCGAACUCUCUGCCUCUAAACAUUUCAACAUGGUUGACAACCGCGCCCCCUGAUAUGGUGCACUCGCCUGACAUGCUGAACGAGACGGUUGUAGAUGAAAUAUUUGGCUUCGGCAAAAAGGGAUCUCAGCGCGCACCUAUAUUCCCGAAACUACCUAAGCCGUAUAACACGAUGCUCAACGGAACUGGCAAUUAUCCUUUGGAUUCUUUAUAUAUACUUGGGGCAUCUGCUCCCUCUUCGAAAGGUGCGCCCUACGUGCUUUGUGGUCUUCGCGGUGGAAUGACAUCGAAAUGCUCGACGUACUAUCACGCCGCGGCAAGUGGAGGUCAAUUGAAAGCCAAUUGCGGAAAGGAAGGGGGUGAACUAGCAUAUUAUCGAACGACAUUGAGAUCUGUGUCAUUGGUCAUCGACCCAGACUGGAAAAAUGUUGCGAUGCAAUGGGCCAGCGCAGUUAGUUUGGGAACGGGUAUCAGCGACUCGAACUCUAGCAAUGCUAGACUCCUCAUGCAGUUGACCGGCGGCUUCAACAAUGAAACUAAGGAAUACUCCCUCGAACCCCAGACGCCAUCAUUGGCAGAGGCGUUGGCAGCCAUGUCAAGUUCCACUCUCCUAAUGAGCGUGGAAGACAGCACGUUUUCUCAGAAUUGGACAUAUGGUAACGAUCCAGUGAUCGAAGAUGGCAAUACCGUUUAUGAAGACUUCAAGGCCACCAUCCGCGCUAGUGAAUACGCAUCUGGUGGUACAGAGCCAUGGCAGGGCGUUUUUUAUAUCGUCCUUGUCCAUGUGUUUCUAACGAAUCUCAUUUGUUUGGGCUACAUGUACUUUGAUAUUCGCGGGGCUCAAGUGACUGAUUUUACGGAACCCCAGAAUAUAUUUGCUCUGGCCUUGAAUAGUCCAUCGAAUGAUCGAUUACAGGGCGCAUGCGGCGCGGGGCCUGAAGGUCGCCAACUGAGUGAGCGUUGGAGGAUUGAAAUGGACGAGCGCGAUGAACAUUAUUAUAUUACCAACAAAAGAAACGCCGCGGGGUUAAGGAAUCGUACAGUUGGCCGUAAUGAAGAAGGUGGUGAUCUUGAGGCAUCGCCGCAGGGAGGUUCGCUUAGCCCAGCCGUGAACGAGUAUCGAAAGCUGCAAAGGUCAAGGCAUUCAUUUACUCUGCUGUCCUGA